CAUUGAUCUCGGGUCCCACUAAACCAAGCAAGCAAGAACCACUUUUCUCAAUCGGCUCCCCAAACAAAACAAACACGGCUCCCAUCCCAUCCCCUUCUUUCUCUCUCUCUCUUUCGCUGUGUUUCUGAUUUUUGCUCAUUUUUGAACCCAAACACCCAAACCCAACCCUAACCCUAGCUGUCCUCAAAAAUUCAAAAUCAGGAUUCUUUUGCAUCAAAUCGCAGCUUGAGCUCUCUUUUUGUUUUCUCGGGAACCAAACAGGAAUUUUUUGGGAUAUUUUUUUCUCGGCGAUGAAUACAAUCAGGGAGCUGAGCUGAGCAAUAUAAUGAUCGAAUUGUUGGACUCUGAUUUCGACGCCUAUUGUAUGGGUUUGAGCGAUGCCGGAGCUUCGCAAAGGAGUUCGCAGAGGCCGAGCUAAGGUCGCUCCACAACACCACAACAAUAACAACAACAACAACAACAAGCGAUCCGAUCCUUCUCCCUCUCCCUCUCCUUCCCUUUUGCCCAACGCGGUUGGGACGUACGUCAAGACACGCGCCGCUGUAGCUAGGGCCAAGAGGUUGAAGCUUGACAACAAGAAGACUACCAGGAAGAGGAACAACAACCUCAACCACCACAACCAGGAGGAGGAGGAGGAGGAAGAGGAAGAGGAAGAGAAGCAGCCGGCGCAGGUGAUUGUCAUUUCUGAGAAGGAGAGUGGGUCUGACAAGAAGAGAGGAAAGAAGAAAGAAGAGAAAGCUGCGAUGGGCGACGACAGUGGCGGCUUGAGUGCUAAUAAGGCAGCUGGGCAAGAGGAAGAGGGCAGCACUGCUCCUUUCCCAGAGAGGGUCUCGGUGGGAGGGUCACCUGUAUAUAAGAUAGAUAGGAAAUUGGGCAAAGGUGGCUUCGGUCAGGUGUUCGUUGGUCGUCGUGUUUCAGGUGGAACUGAACGCACCUCAGGUCCCGGAGCAAUAGAGGUAGCUCUCAAAUUUGAGCAUAGAAACAGCAAAGGCUGCAACUAUGGCCCUCCAUAUGAGUGGCAAGUGUACAACACUCUUGGCGGUAGUCAUGGAGUGCCUAAAGUACACUACAAAGGGAGGCAAGGAGACUAUUAUGUAAUGGUUAUGGACAUGCUAGGGCCCAGCUUGUGGGAUGUAUGGAAUUCCUCAGGGCAGGCUAUGUCCUCGGAAAUGGUUGCUUGUAUAGCAGUUGAGUCCUUAUCAAUUCUAGAGAAGAUGCAUGGAAGAGGCUAUGUCCAUGGUGAUGUGAAGCCAGAGAACUUUUUACUCGGUCAGCCAUCUACACCACAAGAGAAGAAGUUGUUUCUUGUUGACCUUGGAUUAGCAACAAAGUGGAGAGAUAGCUCUAGUGGGCAGCAUGUUGAAUAUGAUCAACGCCCUGAUAUGUUUAGAGGAACUGUUCGAUAUGCUAGUGUUCAUGCUCACUUGGGAAGAACUGCUAGUAGAAGAGAUGAUCUUGAAUCUCUUGCAUAUACCCUUAUCUUUCUCCAUCGAGGCAGGUUGCCUUGGCAAGGGUACCAGGGUGAUAACAAAUCCUUUCUAGUGUGCAAAAAAAAGAUGGCAACGUCUCCUGAAAUGCUAUGCUGUUUCUGCCCCCCACCUCUUAAGCAAUUUCUUGAGAUCGUGGUGAAUAUGAAAUUUGAUGAAGAGCCUAACUAUGCCAAGCUCAUUUCUUUGUUUGAGGGCUUGAUAGGACCUAAUCCGGCUCUAAGACCAAUAAACACCGAGGGUGCUCAAAAGGUUGGCCAAAAACGGGGUAGGUUAAACAUUGAAGAAGAAGACGAUGGGCAACCUAGGAAGAAGGUUCGUUUAGGAGUUCCUGCUACGCAGUGGAUUUCAGUUUACAAUGCCAGGCUACCAAUGAAGCAGAGGUACCAUUAUAAUGUAGCUGAUGCAAGGCUGGCACAACAUGUGGAAAGGGGAAUUGCUGAUGGCCUGCUUAUAAGUUGUGUGGCAUCUUGCUCCAAUCUCUGGGCCCUUAUUAUGGAUGCUGGAACUGGUUUCACAAGCCAAGUUUAUGAGCUGUCGCCAUUUUUCUUACACAAGGAAUGGAUCAUGGAACAAUGGGAAAAGAACUUUUACAUCAGCUCUAUCGCUGGUGCCAACAAUGGGAGCUCCCUUGUGGUUAUGUCUAAAGGCACCCAAUACACUCAGCAGUCUUACAAAGUAAGCGACUCUUUCCCUUUCAAGUGGAUAAACAAGAAGUGGAGAGAAGGGUUCCAUGUGACCUCAAUGGCAACUGCUGGAAGCCGAUGGGGUGUUGUCAUGUCUCGCAAUGCUGGUUUCAGUGAUCAGGUCGUGGAGCUUGAUUUUCUCUAUCCAAGUGAGGGCAUCCAUAGGCGUUGGGAUAGUGGUUACCGAAUUACAUCAACAGCUGCAACUUGGGAUCAAGCUGCUCUAAUUUUGAGUGUUCCAAGGCGCAAACCUGGUGAUGAAACUCAGGAAACCUUGCGUACAUCCCAAUUUCCAAGCACCCAUGUGAAGGAAAAGUGGGCGAAGAAUCUCUAUCUUGCUUGUUUGUGUUAUGGGCGGACUGUAUCUUGAUUCCUGUGUAGUUUCAAGGAAUCAUGUCGAAAGAAAGUGAUAGAUUUUGGUGUUCCUCCUUUCCCAACUUCAUUAUAUGUAGUUGUUGUUGUCAUGUUAAUUGUAAAAAAUGGUUGAGGAGCUUAGCUGCAGCUGCAGACUUUUGCGCCCAUGUAUGAUAAAUUUAUAAAGCUGUUUGCUUGCUUUUAAUGUUA